AUGGCUGUGCCAUAUAUACCUCAGGAUGUUGACGAGGUCUCCGAUAUGUUGAAAGCAUUGGAAUCUGCUAGAAAAGAUAAGCGGAAAAUGGGGUUUGCCGUCAAAAAGACAAGCCUCAAAGUCCAAUCUUCUGCCAAUGGAGUCGUGGUUGAUUCUUGGAAAAUGCAAGAUUGGGAUUACAAGAGACCAAACUUGCCCACAUAUGCCCGCGGCCUUUUUACUACCGAAAACGUUAGUCGACGGCGAGCAGAGAUAGUAGUCCGGGGCUAUGAUAAGUUUUUCAACGUCAAUGAGGUAGCGGAAACGAAGUGGGAGGCAAUCAUCUCUAAAACCCUACCACCCUAUGAAAUCACACUCAAGGAAAACGGAUGCAUAAUUUUUGUUUCUGGCCUUGAGGAUGACACACUUCUCGUCUGCAGCAAGCACUCCACGGGGGACCGAGAUGAUAUUCAAAUCAGUCAUGCUAGUGCUGGGGAACGUCACAUUGAACGCCAGCUUGCUGGCAUAGGGAAAACGAAGUCAGACUUGGCUAGGGAGCUUCGUAACCGCAAUGCGACCGCAGUUGCCGAGCUUUGUGACGAUGAGUUCGAGGAGCACGUCCUGGCUUACGACGCAGACAAGGCUGGUCUAUAUCUACACGGCAUCAAUCUCAACCUCCCCAAGUUUGUAACAUAUCCAAGCUCAGCAGUUCAACAAUUCGCGGAAGAAUGGGGUUUUAUCAAGACUGGCUUGACAGUAUUGAAUGACGUUAACGAAGUGAAGGCUUUCUUAGAAAGUGUCGCGUUCACAGGGGCUUAUGCCGGUAGAGAGGUAGAAGGCUUCGUCAUCCGCUGUAAGAUAUGCAACGACCCGGCAACGCAAGUAUUUCAAGACUGGUUUUUCAAGUACAAGUUCGAAGAGCCAUACCUCAUGUACCGACAGUGGAGAGAGUGCACCAAAGCACUGAUAGCUGGCAAGCAACCACGGUUCAAGAAGCAUCACAAGGUCACGGAAGAAUAUCUGCUGUACGCUUCCAAGCGCCUGGCAGCAGAUCCGAACCUAGGUCAACUAUACAACAAAAAUCACGGUAUAAUAUCGUUGCGGGAUGACUUUCUCAAGUUCAAAAAUCUCAACGGGUAUGACGCAGCAUGCCUGGAUAAUUCAGAUUCUGUCGUUAUGAAUGAAAUUACGGCCGAUGUAAUUCUAUGCCCCAUUGCCACGAUAGGUUGUGGAAAGACAACGAUUGCCUUGGCCAUGUCGCAACUUUUUGGGUGGGGCCAUGUUCAAAACGACGACAUAGCGGGAAAGGGUCGACCUCCUCGAUUCACCAAAGCAGUUCUUGACCAACUGCGCGACCAUCCUGUUGUCUUUGCGGACCGAAACAACGCAACAAAGGUCGAGAGAAAACAAUUCAUUAGUGACGUGAAGUUGCAAUAUGCGAGGGCCAAACUUAUUUGUUUGAACUUUGUCCACGAUAGGGACUCUAUAGACGAUAUUCGGAACGUCACACAAGCUAGAGUCUUAGCAAGAGGCGACAAUCACCAGACUAUCCAUGCAGCAAGUGACAGAGACAAGUUUGUUGGGGUAAUGGAAGGGUUCAUUCGCAGAUUUGAACCCUGCACCCCGUGUGCCGGCCCUGACGAUGGCUUUGACUUUGUCAUUGACCUAAACCCUAAAAUAGGGAGUCGUCAAAAUCUGGAAACUGUUGUGAGUAGAUUGAAACAGCACUUUCCAAACCUGUUCGGGACUAUGCCGUCUCCAGAACAAUACGAUGCUGCUAUCAAUACCGCUCUUGCAUACCGACCCGCUUUUCGAGAACGCAAAUCUGAAAAUUCAGUGAAUCAUAGAAGCCAAAGGAAGAGAAGACUAGAAUACAUGUCUGUUGAAAUCUCAAGUCACGAAGUCAAUGACUUACUAGAAACGGCUUUCAACGAAGUGUCGCCAGAAAAAACCCGUUUCUAUUUGCAAUUAAAACGAACGAGACGUAUUCAAAAUACGUUUCAUGUGACGCUCAUGCACCGUGCAACCUCGAAUGAGCGACCUGACCUCUGGAAGAAGUAUGUUGACAUUUGGGAAGCUUUUGGAGGUUCGAAUUUGCCUCUUGGAAAAUGCGACAUAUUGCUAGAAAGAAUUGUAUUUGAUGAUCGUAUUAUGGCCGUUGUAGUGCGUCUAAUUGACGACUCCGCUAAUUGGGAAUGUGUAAACCAAGUCGCACAUAUUACAGUGGGUACUCGAGAUGAUUCUGUGAAACCGAAGGAAAGCAAUGACCUGUUGCAACGAUGGAUUGAAUAUGGGGCUGAUGGUGAAGGUGUCAGCGAGUUGUUAUUCAAAGAUAAACCUACUUUUAGAGGUAUUGUUAGAGGUAUUGCCGCGAGAUAA